AGUCGGGUGUAGGGAAGUCGACUCUGAUCAAUCGAAUCUUCGGUCUGGAAGUUGCGCAUGUCGCAAAAGAUCGACCAGGGCAAGCAGCUAUCGAGAAAGAACUCAUUUCAGAGGAGAACAACAGAUUCAUCUUGCACGACAGCCGAGGUUUCGAACCAGCCGAAGGCAGCAACUAUGACGUCGUGAAGUCAUUCAUAGAAGAGAGGAAGGGAAUGCCAGAUGUCAAAGAUCAGCUUCAUGCGGUCUGGUUAUGUUUCCAGGUACCAAUUCUAAAAUACGGCGAACGGCUGCUGGAGGACGGUGUGGAAGCGUUCCUUCGCUUUGCUCAGGAAGCCUUAGCGAACAUCCCGACUAUAGUGGUAUUUACCAAGUACGACAGACUUGUAAGUUUCGUGAGAAAGAAGAAAUCAGCAGACCCUGAGGUGGAGGCAAAACGAUAUUUGCAAACGUAUUGCAUCGAGCCAAUUCAAGCCUUCACGGGAGGCACAAACAUCUCGCAUGUUGCGGCUAGCUCGAAACACAAGUGCGAGCGGGGGCUCGAGGAGCUGAUAAACCUCACUCAGGAAAAGGUAUCUAAGAAUUUCGCCUCCCCGGAGAAUGCAGUAUCGCCAGUGCAUUUGGCGGCUGUAGGGGCCCAACGAAUGUUACCGACAUUGAAGGUCGAGUUGUCCAUCGAAGUAGGAAAGCAGAGAUACUGGAGGGCAUUAGCUUCCAGCGCAAAUUUCCAGGGCUAUACCAUGCCGAACUGUCUUCGUGUCAUACACACCGACAUCGUGCUAGUUUGGAAUUUUUAUGAUCUUGACGAAUAUCUGAAUAGCUCAGAAUUUCUGAAUCUGAUGAUGAGCAUGGUUGAGACUGUUGAUGUGGCCACUAGGUCAACAUCUGAACCUGCCCCUCUCAGAUGUAGCGACGCGUUUGCCAUAGGAGAAAAACAAACGUGGAGUUUACCCGCGUGAUGGCAAAGUGUGGCUCUGCUCCUUGAUAGCAAUGAUAGAUUUCACCGGAGAGACGAUUCAUCCUGUUUACAAGGUCACCACUGCGAAUGUUGAAAAAAGCAACUCAAUUUUCAGGUUUCCUAGACGCCCACCACCUCGAACCAUGUCUUUGCCUCUACAGUUAUCCUAUAUCAAGUUGGAAGACGCGAAAGAUGUCGAAUCCGUAGAGCUCGUCGUCAAUAACAUGGUAUACCCUAUACCUCGAAGCGAUCAGCAGAGUGGCGCAUUUCACA